CGAGAUGAAUGACUCGAUCACUCCUUGUCCGCAACCACGAGCACACGCGCUCAUAGACUCACUACUACUCAUCCUUGACUUUUGGCUCUAGCACCUGCGAACCUACAAGCAGGCAGAUGUUGGAGCAGGCACUCACGACUCGCGAGGUUGCGAGGCAAGUCGUGCAUGCAACGGAACCAGCGCUGUGACUGCAGUUGCAAAUGUCGGUGGUGAAGUGUCGAGGACGUGAAUAUCUUGCUCGAUGAUCCUGAACUUCAUGUGACGCGCAAUAGGGGUGAGCGUCGAGCGGCAUCGUCCGGUCGCCCGGCCUGCGUUGCAGCCGCGCGUGUUGGGAGUGCUGCGUGCAAACCAAUACGUGAUGCAACGUGAUGCUUGUCUGGCGCUGGCGCUUCAACGGUAUCGUCGAGCCAAUAGUCGUGAUCGAGAGUCGAGUCUGACUUGUGACUGUGCGCAUCGGCAUCGGGGCCGGGUCCGCCCGGGUCUCAUAUGGGACACGGCGAGUGGCGUUGCACGCGAUCAUGCGAGCAAGCUUCCAUCACGUCUGCCCUUACAGAUGCUUGGCGCGCGAUGCAAUCAGCAUCAUGGUCCUUCGCAUUUCACCCAUCCUAGCGAGCAUGCGUAUGAGUUCCUUCGGCGCCCGCGCAGUGUGGGCAAAGAAAGACAGCGCGAGUGUCAAGAGCUGCUCCCCCCACCCUUUGUUGACGUCGAGCUCGCGCAGCGCGGGCACAGAAAGGUGCUCUCAAAUGUCUCUCCAGCGACGCGUGGCGCAAUAGAAAUGCGCCUCUGCGCAUCUCAGUCGUUAUUCUGUAUCACUCUUCACUCUGAGAAUGCAUAUGGUGUCAAAUAUCAUUCGCAGUCUUGUCUUGCGCGCGCGUGUCGUGUGAAGCAAGGGACAGACGAACAGUAAGGAAGAAGGGCUCGAAUGGAGCGAUAGCGCCAGAGGAAUAAGCUCGGUUGAGCGUGGGAACAAUCGCUCGAUCA